CGCGCCGCAGGAAGCAGCACCAUCGCCCCUUCCUCCGCCGCCUCCUCCUCGUCCUCGUCCUCCUCCUCCUCCUCCUCGUCCGCCGCCGCCGGCUGCUCCCGCUGCCCGCCUCCCCGCGACGGCGGCGGCGCCGCUGCCGCUCCGCCAUGCCGCGGCACUUCUCCCUGGCCGACUGCGAGGUGAUGGGCUUCGACCUGGACCACACGCUCUGCCGCUACCGCCUUCCACAGAGCGCCCGGCUAAUAUAUGAUAGUUUUGCUCAGUAUCUGGUAACGGAGAAGGGUUAUGACAAAGACUUGCUGAAUAUAACUCCAGAGAGCUUAGACUUCUGUUGUAAAGGCUUGGUGUUUGACCUUGAAGAUGGAAACUUCCUGAAACUUGCAGAAGAUGGAACAGUUUUGAGGGCAAGCCAUGGUACUAAGAGCAUGACAUCUGAAGAGAUCCUGGAGACUUACGGAAGGAGGGAAUGGAAGCAUUUUAGUGCGGUCAGUGGAAUGCUUUCCCGCUCAGCUAAAUACUAUUUGUAUGAUAAUUAUUUUGACCUACCAGGAGCACUCCUUUGUGCAAGGGUUGUGGACAGCUUAGAUCGGCAUGAUAGGCAGAAAAAAUACGACUUUUGGAAGGACAUGGUGGCUGCGAUCCAGCAUAAUUAUAAAAUAUCAGCUUUUAAAGAAAACUGUGGGACAUAUUUCCCAGAAGUGAAAAAUGACCCAGACAAAUAUUUACAAAGAUGUCCCGCAUCUGUUAAGAAGUGGCUAAAACAACUGAAGAAUGCUGGGAAGAUUCUGCUACUAAUUACCAGUUCUCACAGUGACUAUUGCAGGCUCCUGUGUGAACAUAUCCUUGGGCAUGAUUUUGAAGAGUUUUUUGACAUUGUGAUUACAAAUGCUUUGAAACCUGGUUUCUUCUCCCAUACUCCAAACCAAAGACCUUUCCGAACUCUUGAGAAUGAUGAAGAGCAGGAGGCUCUGUUAUUCCUAGAUAAGCCUGGCUGGUAUUCCCAAGGUAAUGCUAUCCAUCUCUAUGAACUACUGAAGAAGAUGACUGGCAAGCUGGACCCCAAGGUUGUUUAUUUUGGUGACAGCAUGCACUCAGAUAUUUUCCCAGCUCGUCACUAUAGCAACUGGGAAACUGUCUUCAUCUUAGAGGAGCUUCUAGGGGACAAAGUUAUGGUGCCUGCGGAGACUGAAUCCGAGCCCUUGGAGAAGAAAGGAAAAUAUGAGGGACAUCCCCCUGAAGCUCCUUACGCUGUAUCUAAACAGUGGGGCUCUUUCUUCGUGGACAGCUUGCCAGGCUUGGGAAAUGCCGAGGAAACCUUAGUUAGCACAUGGUCCUGUAAAUGUAUUAGCACUUACAGCACUAUUGCAAUCCCUAGCCUUGAGGCAAUAGCAGAUUUACCACUGGAUUACAGAUUUACACGAUUUUCCUCAAAUAACUCAGCAACUGCUGGUUACUACCCAAGCCCUCCAAGAGCACUGCUGCCUAAUGAGGAGUCAGUGCCUAUGAAAUAGGUUGUCUGCUUUUCCUUAGGUAACCUUGUGGUCCUUACUUAACUGAUAUCAAAUGUUAAUUGGUGAAAUACUGUGUGAUGCUUCAUAAAAUAGAAAGAUGGUUUAAAAGCAGCCUCCUGUGUAGACUUGUGUUUCACUUGUUCCUGUAGUCCAGCUGGAACAGGUGAGCAAUGCAUACUUCUCUGUAAAUCUUUUCACCAUCACUGCCUGUCGCAAAGUGUUAUUGGCUUUUCCGUGCACUGCCCAAAUGCUGUAAGAGAAAUGUACUAAUAAUACCUCAUCCCAAAUUACACUUUUCCAAGGAUAUUUGCAGCAUUAUCCCUAUUUAAGGUGAUGCCACUGCUACUAUAAGCCCUGGGAAAGACAUGGAACUAGACCCUGAGCCAUAUCCCAUUAAGAGUUACCUUGGAUAGCCCAGGUUAUCCUAGUAGUCGGGUAUUUUGCAAACUAAGGAAUUUAUUCUCUCUCUAUUCAAACAAAGAAGAGAAGUAUGGUAACUGUUCUUGGAGAUACAGAAAGACUGUGACCCGGACUGGUCUUUUGGUAACAAAAAGAUGCUUCAUAUCCAAAAAGAGACUUGAGUGGAAUUUAGGCAGCUAAAUGCAAAAUUAGAGUCCUCGAAACCUUUGUCGAAUGCUUCCUAUUCCUGAAUGUGCCUAACCACUAUUACACCAAGGUUCCCUACAUGUCCUUUACUCCUGUGGUCUUCAAUACCUCAAGCAUCAGAGCUCUUUUGCAGAAUAAGGGAAACCUUCAAAGGUUUCAAAGGAUGCCUACUGUGCCCUCUACAACUUGAAGGGAUUCAGAUCCACAUUUUCUACCUCCAUGGCAAAUCCUUCUAAGGGUCAGAAGGAUAUAGUACCACUAUAUACAGCCACCAUUGCUAAGUACAACCUAAGCCCAGAAGAGAAGCAAGAUUCAAGACUUAAAUUAUUUUUAGUUUUUUCCUACUGGCUACGUUAAGGAAAUCCAUGUCCUGUUUUCUAUGGAUUCAGUCUAAAGACCUGAUUAUCCAGAGCUUUGCAUAGGGAACCUUAAGUAACUAACUCAGGGUGGUUGAUUCAAAAAAAUGUCUAAGACAUUCGCUUAGUUAUCAGUUUUGUCCAGGUGCACUAGUAUGGCAGAAUUUGUGAUGAAUUUCCUUCAAAGUUAAGGCAACAAUACACAGAAACUUUCCUCAGUUCUUGUUUUAAAGAAAAAUCCAUGUUAAGAAUUUGCUUUCUUAGGCCUAGACAAUUAUCUGAAAGGAAUUAAUUUGUGUCUUCACCCAGCUCACUCUAUUUUUGCAGUUCCACCAGUUAAACUAUCUUGUCUCAGAAUCAGAAUGAAAACACCAUUCCACCUUGUGGAGAUUUAUUAGUCUCUUUGUUUCUGUACUUUUUCCCCUACUCUUGUUUCUAAAAUAUAGGGAUGUUUGUUAUAAAUUCUAGUGGUCUGGUGCACUUAAAAGUAAUAUGCAACUUUUCAAUCAGCUAUAUAAUUAACAUUGAGCAUUGUUUUUCCCAAUGGCAAAAUAAAGCAAAUGAGAAAAAAAAAAGGGAAAAAUUUUCCCCAAAACAAAGUGUAGGAGGGAGGACAAUUAAAAGUGCCAUUAUCCUCAUAACCUAUAGGUUGAAAAUAUUUGACUUAUGAAAGUAGCAGUAAGUGAAAUAUUUGUGUUUAUUUUGAAAUGCUUAAAUUAGCAUCAAUGUCUUGGCCAGAAAAUCUGAAUCAAGAUCAGGGUAUGUUUUGUAUUAAACAGAGAUGGACCCAGACUAAAUUCUCAGGUCCAUGACUGCAGCAUCAUUUGAAAUUGUAAGCCAAAUCAGAUAAUCUUUUGCAAAGUUUCUAAAUGAGUUAUGGGCCAAAAUGGUAACAAGUGACCUCACAAGUUUGUUGCUCUGAAUUUGGAGGUGAUUUUUUUUUAUGUUGGGAAUUCUCUUGGAUUUUACAGAAAAUUAAUUGAAGUCUUGGAGUUAAUGAAAAUUAGAGUGAAAAUCCUCUAAAGAAAGUCCUUGGUUUUUGACUUCUCAGUGGAGAAGCAGUAUUUUUUUAAUAGAAGAGUGACAAAUUCUAAAGACACUCUGAACAUGAAGCUUACCAGAAGAAAUACAUAUAUGGACUUGAUUAACUGGUCAUUUGCACUUACUGGCAGAAGGAUCACACAGAACACAGACAGAAGUUAAAAAUAAAAGCUACUGUAAUCAUGAUUUCAUAUAUCACCACAGUCUGUAGUUAUAGGAAGAGUUAGGAAAUUUAUCUGAAGCAUUUGCCAGAAAACAGAUUCCUGUGAGAUCAGUACUUCUCCCUAAAUUUGAAGGGCAGAGAAGAGAAUAAGGUUGGAAAAAGCUGAAAUAUUUCAGUUUUGCAUUUUCAAAAUGAUACACUUGACUUUUAGUUUUAACUUUUUCUUUUAGGUAAAGGAAUAAAACAUAAAUUAAAAGGAAAAAAUAAAAUUUAUGCAGGUGGCCUAAAGACUGCCAAAAUGAAAUAGAAAUUAUAUUUCAGGUAGAAAGAAAGGGUUUCAUAAACUCAAACAAAAUUUUUCUGAUGUUUCCAAAAAGAGUUGUUGUCCGAGUAUUUUUUGAUUCAACCACCAGAUUGAAAAGUUCAUAUAUGCUCAGCAGUAGUGAUGGAGAGAGGUCUGGCUGCCGUUUAAGGUUGUGUGCGUGGCUGCAAAAGCAGAGGUUGGCAAUGGAGAGACUUUAGGAGGACAACUGGUGCUCUGGUGACUGGAGAGCUGAUGGAAAUGGAAAUGGAGGUGGUAGGUGGCAUGGAGACCAGGGAGAAGAAAGGCACAUGACAGAGAACUGGUAGAGAGCUGGCCGUAUUGAACAUGACGCUGUAAGGAUUCCCUUCUUUUUAAAUUUUUUUAAUUGUUUUUUGAAUCCUUGGAAAUCUGUCAAAUUCCUUGGAAUCUGUUGUGAGAGACCAUUGACAGAAAGAUCACUAAAGUGCCUGCAAAACUUAUCUUGGGCAUUGUCAGGGAGAUGUAAAUGUGGCAAGUUGUAAUGAUUCAUUAAAAAUAUUGUGUCUGGUUAUAUAGCCCUGAAAAUCAUAGUUUUGCUUAAAAGAAGAAAAUAAUACCAAGUCUCUUUUGGCAUCUAUUUUGGUAUGAAAUAUAUCUGUCAAAUUUUAAAAUAAAGAGAAUUUAUUUCUGAAAAAAAAUGUUCUCGGAAGUUCCAUUACUUUAUAGCCAACUAGCAAAAAGAAAAAGGAAGACUAAAUGAUCACAAAUCAGUGCAAGGAGAGAUUAAGGCUACAGCAUCAAACAAAGCAAAACUUGACCCACUCAAAAUGAAUAGAUAUGUCAUCCAACCAAAACCUACUGCCUUUUAUUCCUAUACUAGAUGUGUCAACUAACCAAAACCUACUACCUUUUAUAGCUAUAGGAAAGUCAGCUUUGAUGCUAAGCAGAGCUACCUCAUAACUGCUUCCUGAAUAGGACUUGUUUCUGGAAGCUAAAGGCUUCUCAAUCCCCGGUGAGUAAAAGCAUACUUAACUAAACAAAUGCAGAUAGGUCAUCCAUGGUAGAUACAGUUUUGCAUGGCUAGACAUAGGGCUUCCUGAGGCUACUAGGAGUUCUUUAAAUCAUUUUAGUCCCCCAGUUGUCUAGAGGCCAGCGUGUGUGAUAAGGCAGCAGCUCUGGAAGCAUUUCUAAGGCAAUUUCUAGAAAGUCAAAAGCUCAGCUAGAGGUGGAAGUUGGAGAGCUGUUCUGCCCUGCAGGCGCAGCCCAGUCCUGGGACUGGGCUAGGUGUUUUAGAGUUUCACAGUAUUGUAAUGGAUGAAAGAAAAAAUUAAAUUGCCAUAAAAGGCAGCAUUUGAACUUCAGUAACUUAAUAGUUAACUUUAGUAAACUAAGCAAACUUAUCUUAGUAAGCUAAGAUAACCAUGGUGAAGAUAGGCACCAGCAGCCAGAAAUCCAAAAACUGGUUUAAACCAGCAUAAGUAGCAACCAGCUGUUGUCCAGCAUGGUGCAACGACAGCUGACCUAAUCUAUCUAGGGACCGACCAUCUAUAAAGUAGUGGCAUGAUAACACAGAAAGGGUUUUUUUUACAUGGGCAAGUGAUAGGCAUGUCUUUUGGGAUGCCAAAGGGUACCAGGACCCCCCAUGAGGACUGGCCAUCUAAUGCCUUAGGACUUAAGAGAAUGUGUAUGUAACCACUGAUCUUUGCCCUGCAGUGUCCCUUAAUGCUCUAAACAUUAUCUAUCUGAGAUCAAAUAAAUAGCCUUUAGCACUGCC